CGUCUCCUUUGAAUUUCAUCGGUUGCUCCUACUCAUUAAUCGCUGCACCAUAUGAAUACAUAGAUCCAAGCAUUUUUAUUGCACAUUGAUCAAUCCAGGGAGCACCCAAAGCCAUCGAUCGCUUUUCACCUGUGUCUUUUUUUCAGUGUAUUUGGUUACCAGAGCUGCUGUCCGCUUCUGUGGCUCUGGGACACUGACCAGGGCUUAAAACUUUCCCAUCUGGGGAUACCGGAAGCAUAGCUUAUUGCAAGCCUGGUUUAGAGCGGCAGGAUGGCUUCCAGAGCAGUACAAGGAAGAGAUGCAGGAGUCCCUAACAAUAGGAGGGCUCUGGGAGAUAUUGGUAAUAUUGUUGGAGAAAUCAAUGGCAAAUGCAAUGUCAAGGACGGAAUCAGUGGGAAACCUGUUCUUCAUGUGACUCGCCCCGUAACAAGGAGUUUUGGAGCGCAAUUACUUGCCAAUGAAAAGGUUACUGCAAGCAACGGUUCUGGCAUUGAUAAGCAAGCAGGGGCCGUAAACAAACAAAGGAGGAACAGCAAGCCCAAGGACAUUCCUCCAGCAAUUGUAGAAGUCAAGGAUGAUACAGAUGACGAGGAAGUUACUAUUGUUGAACCAGUACCCAAGGCAAAAGGAAUUCGCAACCGCAGUGGCCAAGCUGCAACCAGAAAGUUGAAACCCCAAACACUAACUGCGACUCUUACAGCCAGAAGUGAAGCUUUUUGUGGAGGGUUUGAUGCUGAAAUGGCUGAGGCAGAGGACCUCUUGCCCAAUAUUGAUAUAGGAGAUCUUGAUAAUCAGUUGGCGGUGGUUGAAUAUGUGGAGGAUAUCUACAAGUUCUAUCGUAAAAUUGAGGGAAUGAGCUGUGUGCCAGAUUACAUGCCUACUCAAGUGGAAAUUAAUGAGAAGAUGAGAGCAAUUCUGAUUGACUGGCUGAUUGAGGUACAUUAUAAGUUUGAGUUGAUGCCAGAGACGUUGUAUCUCACCACAAACUUGGCUGAUAGAUACCUGUCCAUUGAGCCUGUGUCAAGGAGGAAUUUGCAGUUAGUGGGUGUUACUGCUAUGCUUUUAGCUUCCAAGUAUGAGGAAAUUUGGGCUCCAGAGAUCAAUGACUUUGUCUGCAUUUCAGACCGGGCUUAUACAAAACAGCAAAUUAUCAGUAUGGAAAAGAUCAUGCUUAACAAGCUAAAAUUCCAUCUCACAGUCCCUACUCCAUAUGUAUUCGUCGUUCGGUAUCUGAAAGCUGCAGAUUCUGACAAAGAGAUGGAAAACCUGGUAUUCUUUCUAAUUGAACUGAGCUUGCUCCAAUAUGUGACCAUCAAGUUUACCCCAUCAUUGCUUUCUGCCGGGGCUGUCUACACUGCUCGGUGCACAUUAAAAAAGGAUCCAAUCUGGAAUGAUCUACUUAAGCGCCACACAGGUUAUUCCGAAGCAGACCUCAUGGAAUGUGCAAGACUGAUGGUUACAUUUCAUCAGAACUCAGCAGAUAACAAACUGAAAGUGGUUCACAAGAAGUACUCUGCACCUCAGUUCGACUCUGUGGCCCUUUUAAGUCCUGCCAAGCUACCUGCAUAAUGUGGCCCUUUUUAGGUUCUGCCAAGCUACCUGCAUAGACUUAGAUCUUAGUGAAAAUACUGAAGUUUAACUCGAGAUUGACUUAGAUUUUUGAAGAAAUACUGAAGAUGGUUAUAUGAUCUUGAGCAUAGAAGAUAGCUAUAUGAUCUCUUUUAACCAACAAUAACCUAAGAUACAUUUUUUGCUCAUUCGUUAUUCUUUGUUGCUACCAUUGUAAAUAGCUUCAGAGUUGAGAAACACUAGUAAUUGAAGAUGUACUGGAAUCUUCUAUACCUUCUACUGCAGCAUAUAUAAUUCCUGCCUUGGAAUUCUGUCCACGGCCUUUUGACAUAAGGGUCCUGAGUUAUUAUGAAUUGUUAUUAAUUAGCAUCACUUAAAAGACAUGUUCUUUUGCUGAA